AGAAGAAGUAUCACAGGCACCAUCCCACUUCCGUUUUGAAGUCGAUCAUGUCGUUUUGCUCGUGGGACGGAGGCGAGAAAUACAGAAACCACUUUGAAGCUGGAAUUUAUAUUUGUCCCAAAUGCGGUCACAAGCUCUUCAGUGCCAAGGCAAAAUACAAGCAUAAUACACCUUGGCCAGCAUUUACAGAGACAAUCAGAGCAGACAGUGUGUCAAAAGCUGAUGAAACUGAACCUCAGACAAGCAGUAAGGCUAAAGCGCUAAAGGUUAGCUGUGGUAAAUGUGGCAAUGGUCUAGGACAUGAAUUCAUAAAAGAUGGCCCUGAUGGAAUCUCCUCAAGGUUCUGAAUCUUCUCUGACUCACUGCAGUUUGUCCCCAAACAGGAGGAACAAGUCAGUGGGACAGCAUCUAGUCAUGUAAAUGGAAAAAACUAAAUAACAAAGCUACAUUGCAUUAAUAAGUCCUACAAACAGGUUGUAAAAAAAAUCUAAGGUGAUAAAUUGGGCUGUUAUAAUAAUGAUAAUAAUCAAGUUUAUUUGUUAUUUAAAUGUACAACUGCUUAAAAUAAUACAUGUUUUUGGUGGUUCUGCUUUGUUUUGAAGGAAAAGUGUUGUAGAAUCUGUAAAAAUUACAUUCAAGAUAAAGAUUUAAAUUUUUUGGAGAAUGAACCUGUAGGCAUAGAUAACUGUAAUUACUAGUUAGUGGCUGUCAGCAUUAAUUAUUGUGAUCUGAUGUAACAGCAAACCUUCAUGCAAUGUCUGUAACUGAAAUCAAAUUGCACAAAGAUUGUAGGACAUUUUACAGUUGUGCACUUAGUUGCCAAGCCUCUGAUUUGGAAUGUGUUGUGAUAGAGAUAGAUUGAUAAAUAUUGUUGUGAUAGUGUCUAGUUACCAUGAUAACAAAGUGAUUUACAUUUAAAAAGGAGUAACAUUUGUAAAAUAACCCUUAGCCUCACACCUGUUCAAAGGCUCGGCAACCAAGCACACAGCUGUAAAAUGGACGAUUUUCAUUGGUGCAAGUGGACUGGUGACUAGAUCAAGUAGACACAAGUAAUGUGUGUAUUUGGAUUACAUAUAAAGCAUUUUGUUCAUGCAACUAUAGGUUUUUCUCAGCUAAUACUAUAACUUUAAUGCCUACAGUGUAGUUACUGAAGCUGCAUUGAGAAUUUUUGUUGAGGAUUUCAAUGAGUGCAUGGCUCAUUGGAUUUUUGUUUGAAUUUGAUGAAAUGUCCAGAUGAAAACCCUUCCUUGAAGAGAAGCUGGAUGUGGAAGAUCGUCACAGCUUAAUGUGAUAUCAAACAAAACUGCAAUAAACUCUGUUCACUCAG